AUGGAGAGCCUGCUGGAGAACCCGGUGCGCGCCGUGCUCUACCUGAAGGAGCUGACGGCCAUCGUGCAGAACCAGCAGAGCCUCAUCCACACGCAGCGCCAGCGCAUCGACGAGCUGGAGAGGCGCCUGGACGAGCUGAGCCACGAGAACCGCAGCCUCCGCCAGCAGUACGCCCUCCCGGACGCCUCCCCGGCGGCAGCAGCUCCCCCGCCGCCGCCGCCGGCGCAGAGGCCCCCCGCUCCCCCGCCGCCCGCCUCGGGUCCUCCGUCGCCGCCGCCUCCCCAGGGCCAGCGCCAGGAGCCGAUUCAGCACCACGGACAGCUCCCAGCGUCAGAGCCGCUUCAGCACCACGGACAGUUCCCAGCGCAGCAGCCACACCACCCUCCGCCGCCGCCUCCCAGCAAGCCGGCUCCGGCGGGCCCCAGCGGCGCCCGGACCCCCGUCCCGCCCCACCAGCACCCCGCCGAGAAAGACGGCCGGGAGAAGGGCUGCUGCCUGGCCCUCCUCCAGCACAAGCCCCCCCAGGCCCUCGCCAAAGGCGUCCUCAGCCGGAGACCAGAGAAUGAGACUGUUUUACACCAGUUCUGCUGUCCAGCGGCUGAUGCAGAGCAGAAGCCUUCAUCAGCAGAUUCUUCUCCAAGUGACGAUCCCUGCGGUUCAGCCAGCAAGAAACCCGGGUGUGACGCGGAGGACCCGAAGGAGGCCGGCAGACACAGUGUCCAGGAAGGCAGGUCCGACACCUUGAAGUUAAAAGCCCAGCAUGCGGAGCUGCAGGAAGCGCAGGUGGAUCAGGCAGCGGGGUGCUCCCCUUUGGGGCAGAAGGCCAGCCUCCAUCACACGGGUUCCCCCGUGCGAGGGCAGCGCAGCAAAGGGGCAGCCACAUGUUCUCAUGCUGCUGCCUCCGAUUAUGAGCUCUCCCUUGACUUAAAGAAUAAACAGGUCGAAAUGCUAGAGCACAAAUAUGGGGGCCACCUGGUCUCUCGGAGGGCAGCCUGCACUAUCCAGACGGCCUUCCGCCAGUACCAGCUCAGCAAAAACUUUGAGAAGAUACGGAACUCGCUCCUGGAAAGCCGCAUGCCUCGACGAAUUUCUCUGAGGAAAGUCCGAGUCCAGAACUCUGAAAGUUUUUCUGCUGAGAAAGCCCUGGUCGAAGGAUACAACUUUGUCGGCAUCCCCUUGGUGAGAUCCCCAUCUUUGCCUGCCACAAUCAGUGGGGCACUGACUGAACUGGAGGACUCUUUCACUGAGCAAGUCCAGUCUUUGGCCAAAUCUAUCGACGAUGCCCUCAGCACAUGGAGCCUGAAGACGAUGUGUUCCCUUCAAGAUGGCGGCUCCUACCAGAUAAGAGAAACAUUUAGUACUAGUGCAAUGCAGCCCAACCAAGACUUGGAAGCUGAACUGAAGGACCAACAGAAGGAGGAAGGGUUGCUGCCAGAUACACUGCCCAAGAGCAGCAGCACUCUUAUGAUGGCCUUCCGUGACGUCACUGUCCAGAUCGAUAACAAGAACAUCUCCGUCUCCUCAUCUACCUCGGUGUCUAUGGCAAACUGCCUCACUAACAACACCCAGGCUGGGAUUUCUCAAUCUGCCAAAAUUGAAGAAAUCCCAGAGGAAGAAGGAAAGAAGGGCAAAGAGCCUCCAGCUUCCCCAGAAAGGCAGCCUGAAUCCGCAGUCCUCCAGAACAGUCAUACAAUAGCUGAGGUGAAUGUCAACACCAACGGUCUGGGGGGAGGGGAGACGGAGACAGAGCAAAUGGUGAUGCAGAAGCUCCAGUUUGACUCAAACAAUGAGACAGGGCAGAGCAAGGGCUCAGAGGCCGAGAACGCAGACAACUCAGAGCAGCUCAGCAGUAGCAGCACUUCCACCUCAGCCAAGUCGGCCUCCGAGUUGUCCUCAAAGGAAGCCCUGCAGGCCAUGAUCCUCAGCCUUCCACGGUACCACUGUGAGAACCCAGCCAGCUGCAAAUCGCCUACUCUUUCCACAGAUACCAUGAGGAAACGGCUGUAUCGCAUUGGGUUAAACCUUUUUAACAUAAAUCCAGACAAGGGGAUCCAGUUCCUUAUCUCUCGGGGCUUCAUUCCAGACACGCCGAUCGGAGUGGCACACUUCUUGCUCCAGCGCAAAGGACUCAGCCGCCAGAUGAUUGGGGAGUUCCUGGGGAACAGCAAGAAACAAUUCAAUCGGGAUGUCCUAGACUGCGUGGUGGAUGAGAUGGACUUCUCUGGCAUGGAACUUGAUGAAGCUUUGCGGAAAUUUCAGGCACAUAUCCGAGUGCAGGGAGAGGCCCAGAAGGUGGAACGGCUGAUUGAGGCUUUCAGCCAACGAUACUGCAUGUGUAACCCAGAUGUGGUUCAGCAGUUCCAUAACCCAGACACCAUUUUCAUCCUGGCCUUCGCCAUCAUCCUUCUCAACACGGAUAUGUACAGCCCUAACAUCAAACCCGACAGGAAGAUGAUGCUGGAGGAUUUUAUUCGGAACCUGAGAGGAGUGGAUGAUGGAGCAGAUAUCCCCCGGGACUUGGUGGUUGGUAUUUAUGAAAGGAUCCAGCAGAGAGAGCUCAAAUCCAAUGAGGACCAUGUGACCUAUGUCACCAAAGUGGAAAAAUCCAUUGUUGGAAUGAAAACGGUCCUGUCGGUGCCCCACCGCCGGUUGGUUUGCUGCAGCCGCCUUUAUGAAGUGACGGACGUGAACAAAGUGCAGAAGCAAGCGGCUCACCAGAGGGAGGUCUUUCUUUUUAAUGACUUGCUGGUGAUUCUUAAGCUUUGCCCCAAGAAGAAAAGUUCUUCCACCUACACAUUUUGCAAAUCAGUUGGCUUGCUAGGAAUGCAGUUCCACCUCUUUGAGAACGAAUAUUACCCCCAUGGCAUCACUUUGGUGACUCCAGUUUCAGGCUCUGAGAAGAAACAGGUACUCCAUUUCUGUGCUCUGGGUGCAGAGGAAAUGCAGAAAUUUGUGGAGGACCUAAAAGAGUCAAUAGCAGAGGUGAUGGAGCUAGAACAGAUUCGCAUUGAAUGUAAGGCUCCCGGCCUGGUCCAGACUCCAUGCAGUCAUUCUGUCUGGGAGUUGGAGAAACAACAUGGGGCAAAGAAUCUUUCCUUAAGGAGCAACGGAGCUCAGAUGGAAACACAAUCCAAACAAGGAUCUCCAACAGCCAAAAAAGAUUUGGGGGAGAAGAUCCCGGACAGCACAGUGGAGGUGUCAAUUCACAACAGGCUUCAAACGUACCAGCACAACUCCGUCCCGGGGCUCGAGACUGGAAUGCAGCCCAGCACGCAUCCUAACAUGCCACGAGAGAGGCUGGAGACAGCAUUGGUGCCCUCUUACCCUGCCUCUGCAGGGACGCUUGUACAGUGCCAGCAGAUUGUCAAAGUCAUAGUCUUGGACAAGCCGUGCCUCGCUCGAAUGGAGCCGGCCCUCAACCAGACUCUGACGCGCUACGUCUCCUCUGAUUCCUGCAGCUCCACCCCAUUGCGCGGUCUAGGCAGUGGGCUCCAAGGGACCCCAGUGAAAAUCAUCCAUCAGCCCCCACUUCCGCCGCCGCCGCCACCCUACAACCACCCGCACCAAACCUGCCCCCCGAGCUCCUUGCUUGAGAAGCGCAGGUACUCCAGCGGCUCACGCAGUCUAGUGUAGCAGCUCCACCAGCACUGGCCAAAAAAAAAAAACAGCACAGACUUAACCCUGGGACCCUUUUCUGUCUUCAAAGAAAAUCUAGUUUGUGAUUUAUUUUUUAGUAUAAAAAAAAAAGUGAGAGAAGCAAAAACAAAGCAAAAAAAUAUUAUUACAUUAUGUACUACGAACAUACCUAAUUCCUCCUUAUUUCUCUUGAAAUGAUUCUGUUUGCAAGGAGCUCAUCUGUAGAAACUGUCUGAGAGCUCAAGAAGAUGUUUCCUGCCCAGCCAUCCAGCACAUGCUUGCACGCAAACAACAUGCCAUUCCUUUGCCGCCAUUAUUUUGUUGUGCUUCUCCAUUCUGUGCUUUGUGUCUUUAGUUCUGUCCAUUUCCCAUCUAUCCAUCUCUCUCUCUCUUUCUCCCUCUGCCCUUCCAUUUUCAGCUUCCCAGUGAGUCUUACCAUUACCACAGGUUUCUGACCAAAACAGACUUUACUUACCUUUCUGGGGGCAUGGACUUUCAGUAGUCCACCUUGUUGGGGCUGAGGAGCCGCCGCCUUUGCUGCCACUGCCGCCGCCACUACAGCUUGCUAAGUUGGAGCUGAAACCUUGUGCCACUUGCCACGCUUUUUCCUCAUUGCCUUUUAGGGAGGGGGCAUCCCCCUUAUUCUUGUGCAGCUGUGGAAAGAGAUUGUCAGAGAGAGAAAGCUAAAAAGAGAAAGAGUGCUCCUCUCUAUCCUGUACUGCGGCGGAAUGCAAAGAUGGCCUCACCUUGGACAUUACAACCUUCUCUGCAGUUACAUUAAAGUGUCGUGCUGAGAAAGCUCUGCUGGGUACCAGCAGAUUACAUCACUUGUAAAUAAACACCUUUUCUGGUUGAA